AUGGCGCGCGACUUUCCAAAACGCAGCCACUCUGGGAUCGGCUCCACGGUCCCCCAGUUCCAGGUUCCGGAUUAUGUUCCAUGGCAGCGGUCCAAACAGAGAGCCAAACCAUCUACUCUGCCUCCAAUCCCACAGACUGUGGGCACUAAGAAAAGCAAAAGGAAGACCCGGUCUACCGUCCAGCCAGGGUGGCAAUCCAAGCCUACCUUGUGGAUGACAAGCCAGCCGAGGAAUCCAGUAGAGCUGCGCAGAGGAAAGCUGGACUCUGGGAAGACACAGGCCACAAUCCGACUAAUGAGGACAAUGCUCCAGAACCGGCGAACCUCGUACCAGGAGCUCUGCGACCACGAGGACUUCCUCACCAAGCUCUCUGGGGAACUGAUCAAGACCAUCCAGGACACAGAGGACGGCGUGGCCCUGAACGUGCGCAUGUUGCUGCAGCAGCAGGACGUCCACACGACCAUCACUGACAUCUUGGAGUACUCCAACAAGAAGAAGCUGCACCAGAUGAAGUGUGAGCUCCAGGAAUGGGAGGAGAAGGAGGAAUCGAAGAUCCACAACCUAGAGCAGCAGGUGGAGCAGCUGGAUGCCCAGAUCAAGAAGGUCCGUGAGCAGGUGAGCUUCGUGAGCACAUACAAGGACCACGAGUACCCCAUCAAGUUGGUACAGGUGGCCAACCUCGUGCGCCAGCUGCAGCAGGUGAAGGACAGCCAGUUGGACGAGCUAGAUGAACUCAGUGAGAUGUGCAGAAUGGUCCUGGCGUCUAUGUCCAACCAGAUUCAGAAUAAGAAAAAAAACCUUCUGAGGUCUUUGGUGGUGAAAAUCCAGCGUGCCAACCAGGAGACUCUCCUGCAGAAGACCUGGAAUACCCAGGUUAUACUGAAAUACAUGGACAAGUUCCGAGAAUUUAUAGACCGUUUUGAGGAGGAAAUACCCAGAUUAAGGGCUGAGAUGGAACAGCUGGAAUUUCAGAUCUGGGAACCCCGAGAGAUCGUGUUUGCGGACGUUCUACUUCGGAGAUCCAAGUGCACCCCCGACAUGGACGUCGUCCUCAACAUCCCUGUGGAAGAGCCGCUGCCCUUCUAGAUGGCGGGGCUGGGGGCCAACCCUCCUUCCCCGGUCUCUUCCCCCUCCCUGGAGCCUUGAGUUCUCCCCUAAG